AUGGAGCUGUUCAUGAGCAGCUAUGCACAUGCUAUUCAAACGCUCCCCGGGGAGCUGCAGACCAAUAUCACGGCUUAUCUACAGUCCGAUUUACAGCAUCAACAUUUACUUGGCCUGUGCAAACGUUACGUAGACGAACUGAGGCAGUCAACAAAUUCUGACGGUCAUAAACGACUGUUACAACAAUUGGUCAUUUCUUUGUUGGCUAUUCAGGAUAUUUGUGAUCGUCGAAUCACAAAUUUGGAUGAGAUGGAUCGUCUGGUUGAUGGCCACAUGCAGAAGCUAAUCACCGCCCGUGCCAAUUUGGCAACAGAGCCGUCACAGUCUUGCGCGUCUGGUACGGAGAACACCGUAGAAAGUGAAUUGGACGUAGACGAUCAAACUGAAUCUGAGUCAAGGAACGGAGCCACUCAAUCACUUCACUUGCGUGACCAGACACACGGAGAUGAGACCGCAGUAAAGAAUUCUGGUUACGAUGAACAAGUGAUUGACGGGCGGCCUGUUACCCAGUCAAAUUUCAAACGAAAAGUUCGGUUACCGUUGCGCAACAACCCUCAGCUAACUCGUUCCAUGGGUUCUCGUCGAGUGCUGAGUCGAUGGGAUAGCGGGGCCUCUCGUCGACGUGCUGCCCCAUCCAAUCUUACCGGGUCGAAGAAGACAGCCAUUCAAGCCCUUCGUCAGCGUUGCAUUAACGAUCAACGUUCGCGCGAUCGUGCGACCACAGAACAGCGACAUAAACUCGGUGGAACUUAUUCGCGCUAUACAAGUGCUCAGCAAUCGCAUCACACCCAACAACAGCAGUCAUCACAACAGCGUCAACACCAGCAGCAANAGCAACGCAUUAAAAACUCGCGUGUUUUACAACGUUCUCUACAUAAUUCCAAGAACCGCUCGGCUCAUCUAUUUGAUUCGGCUAGGCGUCGUUCGACAAGCGCAUCGAAAGAAAAUAAAAUUCAAUCAAGUUACUUGACGUCUGGUCGUCGUUUGGGCACAAAAUUAACUCGAACUCCCGGAAUGCGUCUGUCUGGUCGUAACAGCAGUCAUCACAACAGCGUCAACACCAGCAGCAACGCAUUAAAAACUCGCGUGUUUUACAACGUUCUCUACAUAAUUCCAAGAACCGCUCGGCUCAUCUAUUUGAUUCGGCUAGGCGUCGUUCGACAAGCGCAUCGAAAGAAAAUAAAAUUCAAUCAAAAUGGUGAGGGUUUGGAAGGUUCCGAGGAACUGGACGAUAGUGAUUAUGCGGAUGAUGAUGACGAUGAUACAGCAGAGGGUGCUUCGCUUAGUAUGCGUGAAAUUAAACCAUAUUGUGGCAAAGACCCGAAAUCUCGCUUGUCCUCUCCUCCGUCUACGGCUACAGGUGUAUCAUCUUCAAUUAACCGUAACCCCCGAAUGGAUGUGAGUCGGCGCCGUGUUUCACGAGUUCGCAAAUUGACUGAGCCCGAGAACAGCUAUGCCCGAGCGUCAUCCGAACGAAGUUUUGUCGGGACGGCGCAAGCUUCCCCUAGUUCGUCUCUUGAUAUGUCCUCUGUGCAGCCGCGGGGAAAUCUAGCUAAUACACUCUACCCACUCAACAACCCACUGACCAAGCGACGCGAAAAAACCACCUACGGAAGUGCGACUCGCCAUCAUCGAAUCGAAUCCAAACAGGUCACAAGAUCUGGUUCGGACGAGACCGGAAAGCCUGCCACGGNAUUCCAGCGAUGGAAGUUUUCAUUUGGCGAUAUGAUUGCUUGUGAUAACAAACUAUGCGAAGUUGAAUGGUUCCACUUCGCCUGUGUAGAUAUCCGAAUCCAACCGAAAGGUAAAUGGUACUGUCCGUUCUGUCGCGGCGAAUCAUCCAAAGUGAAACGACCAGAUGUGUAA